CGGUAGCGCCUACCACCAGUAGCCUGUCACGACCGGUCUCCCCCACUCCGGCCCCCGCCCCUUUUUCCGACACACAAUCAGGUCACAUCACAACUGGCAGGCCUGCAGGCGGACAACAUAAUUCCUCAUCAUGUACGGAUUCGUGAACUAUGCACUAGAACUGCUGGUGUUAAAGAACUUUGGCGUCGAUAUAUGGGAACAAAUCAAGAAGAAGGCGCAGGUGACGAUGGAGGGCCAGUUUCUGGUCCGGCAGAUCUAUGAGGAUGACAUCACGUACAACCUGAUAGAGGCCGCCGUCGAUAUACUGAAUAUCCCGGCCGGUGACAUACUGGAGCUGUUCGGUAAGACGUUCUUCGAGUUCUGCCAGGACUCGGGCUACGACAAGAUCCUCCAGGUGCUGGGGGCGACCCCGCGCGAUUUCCUGCAGAACCUGGACGCGCUACACGACCACCUGGGCACGCUGUACCCGGGCAUGCGGGCGCCCUCGUUCCGCUGCACCGAAACGGACGGCCAGCUGGUGCUACACUACUACUCCGAGCGUCCGGGACUGGAGCACAUCGUGAUCGGCAUCGUCAAGGCCGUCGCAUCCAAGCUGCACGGUGUCGACGUGGAGAUCAAAAUCAUCCAGCGCAAGGAGCGCUCGGACCAUAUCCAGUUUCUGAUCACGGAGAUCUCGGGCCCGGAGAUCGCUGAUCACAAUUCGCUUUUGCUUCCCCUAGAGCCGAUGAUAUCGCCAGCGACGUUCUGCAAAAUCUUCCCGUUCCAUCUGAUGUUCGACCGGAACAUGCACAUCGUGCACGCGGGUCGAUCGGUUUCGCGGGUCAUCCCGAGGAUUCAGGAGAAGCAGUGCCCGUUGCUGGCCCUGUUUGAGGCAGUCCGGCCACAUCUGCAGCUCAGCUUCGACAACAUCCUGGCGCACAUCAACACGAUCUACGUGCUGAAGACGAACGCCGGUGUAAUGUCCAAAAGUGAGCGAUACCUAAGACUGAAGGGCCAAAUGAUGUACAUCCCAAGCUCGGAUCUCAUACUCUUCCAGUGCUACCCGAGCGUGAUGAACUUGGACGACCUGACGAAAAAGGGGCUCCACAUUUCGGACAUACCGCUGCACGAUGCGUCGCGUGAUCUGGUGCUGCUGAGUGAGAAGUUCGAGGCCGAGUACAAGCUGACGACGAACCUAGAGAUUCUGACCGACCGGCUACAGCAGACGUACCGAGACCUGGAGAGCGAGAAGCAGAAGACGGACCGGUUGCUCUACUCGGUCCUACCGAAGACGGUCGCGAACGAGCUGCGGCACCAGCGACCGGUCGCCCCGAAGCGUUACGACUCGGUCACGCUGAUGUUCUCGGGCAUCGUCGGGUUCGGGCAGUACUGUGCCGCCAACACGGACGCCGAGGGUGCCAUGAAGAUCGUGAAGAUGCUGAACCAGCUCUACACGAUCUUCGACGAGCUGACGGACUCGAAGAGCAACUCGAACAUCUACAAGGUGGAGACGGUCGGUGACAAGUACAUGGCCGUGUCCGGGCUGCCGGAUGAGUGCGAGAACCACGCCAAGUGCAUUGCCCGGCUCGCGCUCGACAUGCUCGACAUGGCCAAGAAUGUCAAAAUGGGUUCCGAGUCAAUGCAAAUCACUAUCGGCAUCCAUUCGGGCGAAGUCGUCACGGGCGUAAUCGGGAACCGGAUGCCCCGGUACUGUCUGUUCGGGAACACCGUGAACCUGACCAGCCGCACCGAGACGACGGGAGUUCCGGGCCGGAUCAACAUCAGCGAAACCACCUACAAGCUUCUGUGCGAUCCUGUUAAUCACGACCCCUCCUUCAACCUGGAGUACCGUGGACCGGUGGUGAUGAAGGGUAAACCGGAGCCGAUGGACUGCUGGUUUCUGACGCGCAGCUCGGCCCAGGCAACCAAUUAGUUUGAGUAGCCACCUAUAGAACCAAGAAAACGCGACCGAGCCUGGCGAGCCGACUACAGCUAUAGGGUCUCGGGCUCCUACUCGGGUGAUUAGGUUUUUAUAUAGCGAAAGUUCGGUUUUAUAGAGAGAAAGGAAGGAACUCUGCAUUCUUUACGUUCUUUUCGUACUUGCGCCGCCAUGUAUACUGUCUGUUGCGAUGGGGUGCCGGAAACGGUAUUCCGAGGCAUAGCUCUCAGUAACGUAAUCAGCUGUCAGAACAGUUUUGUACUGUCAACAGAUUUUGCAACUGAAGUAGGUACGCGACGAUGUAGCGCGUGUAGUAUUGGCUUCUGACAGCAAUAUAGCGAGGAAAGGGUCAGGGCAUCUAGAAGAACGCCACGCAGCACAGUACCAAGUAGCAGUCGAAACCGAGAAUAUGUAAACCGCGUUCAGGCGCGUGCUGGUGUCGGCCGCCCAAAACGGCCCAAUGUUGGCAAGCUAGCUGGAUUCACCACCACUGCGCAAUGUCUAGAAUAAAAACAUAAACACACACACACACACACGCGGGCGCAUAUACACAACCAUAUAUAAAACAAGUAACUACAAGUAGAACCAUUAAAAAGACACGGAGCUAACGCGAAGGCGGGCGAAUAUGAUACAAUAGUGCUUCUACUAUCU